UGAAUCCGUUCUCAACCAAAUCACCACCUUCCACCAAGCUGAAGAUUUCCUGUUUCGCUCCUCACCACUCGAACAAGUGUAAGCGGGAGUACACGAACGUGAUGAUAGUCCCGACGGGAGUGGGAGCCGCCAUUGGUGGAUACGCCGGAGAUGCUUUGCCUGUAGCUCGCGCUUUAUCCUCCGUCGUUGAUUGCCUCAUCACUCAUCCUAACGUGCUUAAUGCUGCAAUGCUCUACUGGCCCAUGUCUAAUGUGUUAUAUGUUGAAGGUUAUGCUUUAGAUCGGUUUGCUGAAGGAUUAUGGGCCCUAAUGCCUGUUCACCAAAACAAGGUGGGAUUGGUUCUUGAUGCGGGAAUAGAGCCAGAGCUCCGUUUCCGUCAUUUACAAGUGGCUGAUGCAGCUCGGGCUUCCCUUGGAUUGCCCAUUAUGGAAUAUAUUAUCACUGAUACACCAUUGAAGGUAGAAAAAUGGGUUGAUCCAAAAACUGGGCAAUCAACGGGGGGAUCAAAAACCCCAAUUCGCUACUGCAAGCUGUGCAGACUUUAAUUAACAGCACA